AUGUUAAAUGUUUGCUCCUGAAACGUUUAAUUUCUCCUGUCUUGUAUUUUCACAGAGUGACACUCGAAUGUUAGUUGUUAGUUUAUGUUUUUCGUUUGUGGUUUCUGAAUUCAGGGGCGGAGUGAGACGUCUGUCUGGCGUCUUUUAAAAUCUCUGCCCCGACCGGAAGCCGGAAGUGCGGUGUUUUGUUGUCAGCAACAGUUGCUGUUUCGAGAUUUGUCGCUUUGACACUUGUAGUUUCUCUCUCCGCAUCUUUCUGACGUGUGUUUCUGUGUUUCUGUGUGAUUUUUAACUCCAGUUUUCCGCAGCAGCUCCUCGCGCUCACCGGGUUUCACCGUCAGCCGCGGUCCCGCGCGGUGCUGGAGCGGGAAGUUUGAACGGGACUAGCUUGUGUUAGCCUGCCGGCUAACGGCUCGCUGCUGCUCUGCAAACCGUCAGCAUGUCGCCUCCGCCGGAUCUGUCCACAGAGGUCAGUCCGGAUCGGUCCUCCUGCAGCUCGGACACCGGGGACGUUUUAAUCCGCUCCACUCGGGUCCUCUUCUCGGAUCGGAGACCUGAAGCUGGACCAGGACCCGGAUCUGUCCAGAUAAGAGUCCAGAAACUUCGGGACCCUCCCGUCCAGCCCCGACAGAAGCCGGACAAGGCUCCUCCUCUGCGGGCAGCAGCGCGCUCUCAGCCCGACAGACCGACGCUGAAGAAACCUGGACCGACCAGAGAGACACAGCCUGCGGCAGCCGAGCGGAGUCCGGACAGGAGGCUCUGUGCCGGGCCGCAGAGCGACCGGCCGCCUGUAAAAAGCGGCGAGUCUCGCUGCUGUCAGUGUGAGCAGACAGAGAGGAAACAACAGGUGAACCCUGAGGCUGACCCCGCCCCCUGCUUACAUCAUCACUCAGGUCACGACCUCCUGACGUCACGGUUUGCCGCCGGAGGUCGAGGACUCGUGCUCGCCGCUCUGAAGCAACGCUCUCACAGCGCCCCCCGCAGGAGGGAGGUUAAAGUGCAGCUGCUGGACUCGGGCCCGCUCCAGACCAGCUCCCAGGAUGCCCCGGGUCUGAGGACCAGCUCCCAGGAUGCCCCGGGUCUGAGGACCAGUUCCCAGGAUGCUCCGGGUGUGGCGGGGGUCCAGAUGGAGGCGGGGCUGUCCUCUGGUUGCCCGGGAGACGCCACCAACGCAGCUACAGCUGCUGCUGCUCUCAUCAAGGCUCAGUCAGAUAUGGAGGCUCGAGUGUCUCACCUGGCUGAAGGUGUGCAGAAGCUGCUGCAGGCUGACAGGGAGGGCGGAGACAGGGAGCAGCGCCUGAGCCGGCAGACGCUGCAUCACCUGGAGACGCUGCACAGCCAACAGCUGCAGCUGCAGAGCCAGCUGCUGGAGUCGGCUCUCAGGAUAGUGACGGGCCACGCCUCUGUGACCCCUACGACCUCUGACGCUGCCGUGACCUCUGACCUCACAGCUUCAGGUCAGCCACCCCGUCUGCAGGUCUCUCACCUGGACACUGCAGCAAAUGUCCUUAGCAACCAGCAGCGAAGCUCCUCGGCAACCAGAGCCGCCGCCGCCACCGUGGAGACGGGCCCAGUUGCUCUGGCAACAGCCCGCCGUGACCGAUGGCCAGAGCUAACCAGAGAUGACCGGUACAGCCGAGGUGCUCCCAGCGUUUCCACAGCAACCCAGCCAGCUGCAGGAAGUCACCUGCAGUCUUCUGCCAAUCACAGUCAGGCGGCGGCAAGGAGAGCCAAUGAGAUGCUGACGGAGAUGGGACGUUUGAAGAGUGAGAUGAAGACGCUGCUGACGCCGGAAAACUCUCUCAAAACCACCAGACCUGGACCAGACCACCACCAGUCCCAACAAAACCUGAUUCAGUCCCAACAAUCCCACUACCAACAAAACCACUCCCAAUCCUUCCAAUCCAAGUCCCAACAAAACCAGUCUCAAUCCCAACAAAUCCAGUCCCAACCAAGCCACUUCCAGUCCAAGUCCCAACAAUCCCAGUCCCAACAAACUGAGCCCCAACAAUCCCAGUUGCAACAAUCCAAAUCCCAACAAAACCAGUCUCAAUCAAAACUAGUCCAGUCCCAACAAAUCCCGUCCCAGUCCCAUCAAAGCCCUUUCCAACAAAUCCAGUCCCAACAAAAUCAGACCCAUCAAACCCAGUCCCAGUCCGUACUGGUCCAGAGGAGGCCUGUGGUUCCGUCCAUGUUGGAGGAGGCGGGUCAGGUUCUCCGUCAGGUUCAGAGACAGAAGAAGGUUCUGGAGGAGAACCUGGAGUCUCUGCUGAGAGCCAGAACAGGAGAGGUCCUGCACUGCCAGCUGGAGGCACUGGCUGCUAACAGAGACUGGGCCGAGGAGGUUCGGAUCAAGAAGACCGUGGACGCCUGGAUCAGCACUUUGACCAAAGACAUCCGGGCCGAGAUGUCCUCAGAGGACGCUGUCCGCUGCAGAGCUGCAGACGCUGCGACCAGACACUCAGCCAGCAGAGACGCCGCAGUGACAUCACAGCAGAGGGCCGCUGGGAGCUCCGCCCACACGGGCAGGGGGAGGCCAGUGAGCGCGCUCAGAGGAACAGGAAGUAAGACUGUGGCGGGAAGAGGAAACAGAAGACAGACAGCUGGACACAGACAGCAGCAGGGGGCGGAGCCUGACAGAGUCCCAGGUAGACUGACAGACAGCGAGCGGGUGGUGGACGGAGAGUCGUACCUGACUCGUCUGUACGGCAGAGCUCCGUAUGAAGGUCUGAGACGAACCCUGAAGAAGAGUCCGUACCUUCGCUUCAGCUCACCUGGCUCACCGCUCAGCAGGAAGUCCCGCCCCCGGCUUGUGGAGAGCGUCAGAGGUGUGAAGGUGAAGUCCUGUAAGACUCAGACGUGUUUGGCUCCUCCCCUCGGUCCGUCACCUGGACCACCUCAGCAUCAUUACAUCAUCGGCUCCUCCCACCCGACCUCUGGUGACCCAGCUGACCUCACAGUGACCCCUGCAGACAAUUACUCCGUUCCCAUGGCGAUCCCGCUGGGUCGUCGCAGGAUGGACUCUUCCAGGUGUCUCGCUGAGCGUCAACAGGAAGUGACAUCACCUCCCACAGCUCCUCCCACAUCUAGUGUGGUUGCCGUGGACGACGCAGCAUCUGAGCUACAGUCACAGGAGGCGGAGCAGCUGGAUGCAGGUGAAGCUCCUCCUCCAUCACGCACUGGUGAAAUCAUCGAGAGGAAGAGUGAAGAAGAGGAGGACGAAGAGAGCGUCUUUCCUGGAACUGACUUCCUGUCUGUCGCUGACGUCGUCCAGGAGGUGAGUGUUGUGGGUGAGGAGGCGGUGGAGUUGGACGGAGGCCCGUCUCCCCCUCCGGUCCUGUAUCAGGGCCCAGUCUUCCCUCCCCAGGCCCGCUCUGCCCUCCCUGCCCAGGAUCGGGUCUCCGUCCCGGGCCUCAACCUGCAAAGAGAUGCCCUGGAGAACCGGCUGGUGGAAUGGGUGGAGCAGCAGCUGAUGUCCAGGAUGAUCUCAGAGAUGUACCGCCCCCCUCCCUCUGACCCCGCCCAGAACGACUCCACUGACCAAUCGGAGCCCGAGGAGCAGAGCGUCACCUCAGACAUUGUGGAGGCGGCAGGAGGUGGAGGUCUGCAGCUGUUUGUAGACUGCAACAUGUCGGUGGACUCGGCUCUGAUCAGGCAGCUGGUUAAUGAGGUUCUGACGGAGCACGUCGCCCUGAUGCUGGGACACAGAGACACGCUGGAGACAGGACCAGAACCAGGACUGGAGCCGCCCAAACCAGGUCCAGGAGCACAUCAGGAGGAGAAACUGGUACCACUGGUUCCUACACCAGUACCGACCCCUCCACCCAGCCUGACCCCGCCCAGCAGAGAGACUCCACGCCUGACCACACCCCCUCCCUCUGAACCAACCAGCCUGCUGAACGAGGAGUCUCCUCAGCCAAUCACAGCACCAGAGCCUGUGGCCACGCCCACCUCCAGCCCAGAGCCCGCCCACUCAGCAGGAAGUCCUCCUGCUGUUCAUCAAGCCCCGCCCCCUCUCACCUGGGGAGACGCUGAGCUGCCAUUGGACGAGGAGAGACCAGAGGAACACCUGGAUACACACCCGCAGCCACUGGUGAUGUCAGUAGCAGAGGAGGAGCCUCGUCUCUCCUCCCCUCUUCCUCCUCCCUCCGUCCCUCCGGCUCCCUCUCCGUCUCCUCCUCCCCCCGGUCCUGAUCCCGGACCGGCGCCCCCCUCCGGCUCCUCGCGGGACUCCAGCAGCUGCAGCAGCUCCAGCAGCAGCAGCACGGUGACAGCUGAGACGGAUGCAGCACUCAAACACAUCUCAGAGGGAGAACUGCUCAUCAGUGUCAACCAGCCGGCGGCCAUGACAGAGGACGAGGCUGUCUGCAGCUUCUCCAGCUCUCUCCAGGAGCUGCAGGAGAUGGACUUUGACCCCCCCAGUGAAGGACAGGUCAGAGGUCACGACCUCCUGCUGACCCUGCUGACCAAGAUGGAGCAGGGAGUCACACACACACAGAGAGGAGAGAGACCACAGCCGGAGGGCUCCUGGGGGAGGGAUCAGGAGGAAGAGGAGGUGAGUGUGGGGGAGGUGAGAGACCAUCGGACUACAGAACCUCACCGGACUACAAAUCCCAAGUGCCACAGUGAGAGUACAGCAGCCCAGAGGGGUCAAACCUCCUCACCUGGACAGAUCAGUCAGUGUGCAGAUGUGUCAGAAGUCAGUUUUGAAGCGACCAAUCAGGGCUCAGUUACUGUGGGCGACCUGACGGAGCCAAUCGGUACACUGACCUCUGACCUCCAGACCGACCUGUCACUGUCUCCUCCUCCACACCUGGAGAACACACACACUGCAGGACAGGUUGGUCCCGUCCUGGUCAGACAGUACGACAGACACACAGCUGGAACCAGGAGGAUGGAUGUUCAUCUGCCCUCCAUCAGACCGGAGGAGGAGGAGCAGGAGGAGGAGGAGGAGGAGGUCAGUGCUGCAGACACAGACUCCUCCACCAGCGAUGUUUUCUGAAGAGAAGGCGAGACGUCCGUCCAUCGGCAGCGUCUCUGUUUUACUGUAUUCGUUCUUAUUUUACGGGUUUUAACAGCUUGACGAUGUGACGACGCCACACAGAGACAUUCAUCUUCAUCCUCUUUAACAGCAAACGCACGUUUCUAACUUCCUCUCUUCCUUGCUUUUGUCUCUGAAGUGUCUUUAUGACUUCCUGUGACCUUUGAUCGCUGUCCAUCUGUCAGCUGACUGAAACCAGACAGACUGAACACAACUGGCGGUUCUUCCUCACGUGAAACGCAAUAAAUGUUUUUAAUAAACUUUUCCAUCCGAC